AUGUCUGACAACGGAGAAAUCGAGGUCGAGAACCCCACCGGCAUUGCCAUCCUCCCCAAGGAUGUCACCGACGAGCAGGGCAGCUGGUCCUACGAGGAGGUCGAGGUCCGCGACAUCUCAUUGACCGACUACAUCCAGAUCCGCUCGCCUGUCUACAUCUCACACUCCGCCGGCCGAUAUGCCGUCAAGCGGUUCAGGAAGGCCCAGUGCCCCAUCAUUGAGCGUCUCACCAACUCGCUCAUGAUGAACGGCCGUAACAACGGAAAGAAGCUCAUGGCUGUGCGCAUCGUCGCUCACGCUUUCGAGAUCAUCCACAUCAUGACCGACCAGAACCCCAUCCAGGUCGCCGUCGAUGCCAUCGUCAACUGCGGUCCCCGUGAAGACUCCACCCGUAUCGGUUCCGCCGGUACCGUCCGUCGCCAGGCCGUCGAUGUCUCUCCCCUCCGCCGUGUCAACCAGGGUAUCUCCCUCCUCACCAUCGGUGCCCGUGAGGCCUCUUUCCGCAACGUCAAGAGCAUUGCCGAGUGCCUUGCUGAGGAGCUGAUCAACGCUGCCAAGGGUAGCAGCAACUCGUACGCCAUCAAGAAGAAGGAUGAGCUCGAGCGUGUCGCCAAGUCCAACCGAUAA